AUGGCCGAAAACAAGGUUCAUCCAGCCACCAUUGUUUCCAACAUCAAGGCGUGCAUCCCUAUCACCCUUGAUUAUGAAGGAAAACAAUACAACAGCUGGUCCACUCUUUUUCAACUUCAUUGCCGUGCUAAUAUGGUGAUCAACCAUAUUCAACCUCUAACAGUUAAUCCUUCGGUCGCGGUUCCCGCUCCGACGGAAGCCGAAAAGGCUUUAACACAGAGACUUGAUGACAUUGUUCGUCAAUGGAUUUACGGGACCAUUUCUAAUGAUCUCCUAAAUUCCAUUCUCGAUCCUGAUGACUCGGUAGUUGAUGCUUGGAACAGAUUACAGCAAUUUUUUCUUAACAACAAAUCUGCAAGAGCUUUGCAAUUUGAUGCGCAAUUUACAAACACCAAGCUUGCUCAUUUUGAUGGUGUUAAGUCUUAUUGCGCUCAGCUAAAAACUCUAGCUGAUAAUUUGAGGAAUGUUGGAGAUAAAGUCUCUGACAAUCGAAUGGCUCUACAACUUUUGAAAGGCCUCUCGGAGGAAUAUAAGCCCUUUCGAACGUCUGUUCGUCAUCUUAACCCGUUGCCCUCUUUUGAUACUCUUCGUUCAAUGCUUGAAUUAGAAGAACAUGAGAAUGCUGCUGAUCUCUCCAUUGAGUCUCAUGUAGAGGCUCACAUCACGCAAUCCCAUUUAUUGUCCCAAAAUAAUGCUGAUAAUUCCUACAAUUCUUCUCGGGGUAAUAAUCAACGUAAUGGUGGCAAUGGUCGGAAAACCACCAAGGGAAAGGGAAGCUCCGGUAAGGGUAAGGGUGCCUCUGGCAAUCAACAGCGUAAUGGUGGUGCCUCGCAACAGCAGCAAAACCCGCAGCGUGGUCCUUCCGCCUCGCACCAGCAGAAGACCCAAGCAGGAUGGAUGUAUCCUCCACCUUGGGCAUAUUGGCAGCAAGGCCCUUGGGCUCUUCCUCCCUGCCCAUAUCCAUCACAGGCACCAGGCCCAUCUCCUUGGUCCGCCACGAAGCCCAGUCAGCCUGCACAUCAGACCGGUAUCCUCGGGCCACAACCACCUCAGGCUUACUAUACGUCAGGCCCAUCGUCUCAAGGUUAA